GUCGCGUCUGCUGACCAUCAAUCCGGUUUCCUUCCUGUGUGGGAGAUACCUUUUGUGGCGGUUUUGGCACGCUGCAGUCCGCUUUGCAGAUGCCAUGUUUGAGCAGUGAGCAUGGCGGAAAAUCAUCUGGAGUACGGCUACCUGGAGGGCGAGUCCAUCGUGGAGCAUUUCGCCGAGGACCCGGAGCUGGCGGCCAUCAAGGCCAGAGUUCAGGAGCUGGAGAUGGAAGAAGAGUCAGAGAGACUGAAAGAGGAGGAAGAGAGAUGUGAUGCAGUCGACAUGCAGCUCCUGACCAGCAGCCCUCGGCCUGGACCUUUCUACAAUAUGACUCCUGAGGAGAGGAUAGACGCAGACAUCAGAUCGGUCUAUGUCGGGAAUGUAGACUAUGGAGCUACUGCAGAUGAGUUGGAGAUCCAUUUCAACGGCUGUGGUCCCGUCAACCGAGUUACCAUUCUGUGUGACCGGUUCUCUGGACAUCCCAAGGGCUUUGCUUACAUUGAGUUCUCUGAUCGAGACUCUGUGCAGAGUGCUAUCGGUCUGCAUGAGACCCUGUUCAGAGGAAGAGUCCUCAAGGUAAUGCCCAAGAGGACCAACAUGCCAGGCAUCAGCACCACAGACAGGGGAGGACCCCGAGGUGGCCACAGCAGAGGCAGCAGAGGCCGUAGUUACCGUCCACCCCGAUACCAUAACAGCUCUCGAGGUAGGUUCCGGUACCAGUCGACCAGGCCACAACAUCAAACGCCCCACCCUUACUACGGAGGCCCCUCAGUGGGGAAGAGACAGUGGGGACACAUGGACUACCAAGAACAGAUGCCUAAGCGUUACCCGUGUCUUCUUCUCAUCACCCCGCCCUCGGAGGAGCUGGGAGCGGGGUCGAGCGGACAGCACUACCCUCAACAGCGCUAGCACUAACGGCAUACAUACUGAAAUGGGCGAAUGGAACUAAUUUUAAAUAAGCGUUUCCAGGCAUUACUUGAGUCGAGUGUCAUGUGAGAGCCAGAAUGGACAGAAGAGAUGACUGUAAAUUGCAUCCCUGCAUCAGUGCUUCAAGAGAUGUGAAGACUGGGCCAGAGGUGUUGCAUUAUGAGCUUUUGUUGCUGUGAAUGCAUGGGACAAUCUUCAAAUGUUAUGCAGUUGCGUCUCUUGCCGUUUUUACAAACUGAUGCGAAUGUAUUGUGUUACUGCCUGCGAUGUAAUGUACAAAUCCCUAUGUAUAACUUAUAAGUUCUUUGCUAUGUAAGUGAAUAAAUAAAACAAUGAUCCAGUG